AUGGCGGACCAGUCGCUCCUGACCGACGAUGCUGUCGCCGCCCGCCUCAUCCAAGAAGCAGAGCAUUCGCUGCGCUUCUCCUCGUACGGGAUGGACUCCAGCGGCCCCAGGCCCGAAAACAAGCCAAAACCGAACACGCGCUUCCUGCGCAACAUAAUACGCACCACCGAGAACCACAACGCGGCCCUCCUCGCCAAAGAGGCCGCCGAGUCCCAAGCCCGGUUACAAGAGCUUAGUGACGCCGAGGAGAAGACACGGCAGCGCCGGAGGCCGGAUCCAAACGAGAUGCGCAGGCGGCAGAUGGGCAACAUCUCUGCCAUACUGCUCGGUGGUAAACGGAGGCGUGAUGGUGAGGAGGGCUCUUCAAGGGAGAUGAGACGUGGAGAGGAGAGUAGGACCGAUGAACGUAGGUCUUCAAGGAGCCACCGGAGCUCGAACAAACCUAGUGAGGACCGGGAGAGGCAUAAGCGAAGGUCACGCACCACAAAUAAGUCGGAUGACGAGGAGGGAUGCCGGCAUAGGGAAAGGAGGAGAGACCGUGAUCGCCAGUCUCGUGGCGACGACAGCCCACGAAGCAGUGAUAAGAAGGACAGGCACUCUCGUCCCGACAAGGAAAAGACACGACACAGAAGGUCACAAUCACCAGAGAGCAGCGAGAGGCGGCGUAUCCGGUCGAGAAGGGAUCGAUCUCCCCUGAGGAGUCCCAAAGAUGACGGCCGAAGUCGCAGGAAAGCCACAACCGGUAAGAGACAUCACGAUAGCGAGGAUGAAGGGAAUUAUUCCGACCCACUGGAAGAUGCGAUCGGCCCCGCCCCACCACCACCCACCAAAGCCCGUGGCCGCGGCGCCGUAUCACAAGAAUCUGGCAUCGAUGCUCGCUUCUCCAAGUUUUACGAUCCUGCAUCAGAUCUGCACCAUGAACCAGUAGACGGGGAGGAAUGGGAUGACGCGGUAGAGGCGUUCAGGGAUCGUCAGAAAUGGAAGGCACAGGGCGCAGAGAGGCUCCGUGCGGCCGGGUUCACGGAUGAUCAAAUCAAGAAGUGGGAGAAAAGUGAGAGGACGUUGGUUGCAGGCGCCGAUGCCGAUGUCGACCUUGAAGACGUGCGGUGGGCAAAGAAGGGUGAGCAGCGGGAGUGGGAUUUGGGCAAAAAGGUCAAUAAGGACGGAACAGUGACACAUGGGCCUGAUUGGGCUAGUUAA